AUGAUUUUCAAAAAACUCAUCCCGGCCUUCCUCUUCGCCUCUUCUUUGGCCAUCUACGACCCAAGCACCGGCGCCGAUUGGUCUCUCCUUAAACCAGCCUCUCCACGCCCCAAAGGUGCUGUUUCGUCUCUUCCUUUCCCAGUGGGUAUAGUUACCCAACCAUUCUUGUAUGUCAACGGCAAAUGGGAGGCUCCUUCAAGGCUGGAUCAUGAAACGGACCACCAGGAGUCCAAGAAGCAUCGCCAGUCUUUCCCUACUAAAUGGGCUGACAUCCAGCAGAUGGAGAUUGGGCAGGUAUUGAGACCAGACGACCUGGACCUGGAUUGUGAAGGAGACUGGGUGGAUUCUGAUGAUCCUUUGAGGGAGGAUUUUGGCGACGAUAGUGACGAAAGCUGUGAAGAAGAGUCUGAAGACUGGCAUGCCCCAGAAGUGCCAUGGGAAGGGCCUGAAGAAGAGGACUGUGAAGAGUGGGAGGUUCCAGAGUAUGAAGAAGUCAUUGACGAUGGAAGCGUUGUGGGAGGCCCAGUCAAUAUCGUCCCAGAGUAUAAGUUCAUCAGGGCAAAGAGAGAGAAACGGGUGUUUGAAAGUAGAGAUUACUUGCAACAUCCUAUCAAGUACUCCAGUUGCACUGAGGAAGAUACUCUCGUGAUGUAUUUGGAUAAGGGCAUUCUUAGGGAUCCAGAGGAACGUAUUGGGUGUAUUGUCGGCAACCACCAGUUCCAGUUUGACGGGCCUACGCCUCAGUAUGGAGCAAUCUAUGCCGCUGGCUGGCUGGUUACCAGAGAUAGCCUUUUGAGCUUGGGCAGCAAAACCACCUUCUACCAGUGCCUGGCUGGGGAGUUCCAUAAAACCUACGAUGUGGCCAUCCACGAUCAGUGUGUGCCAGUACAGUUCGAGGUUGUGAAGCUCGACAAAGCAUGUUAA